AUGAUCUCUCUCCUCCGUAACAGUGCUUACAAGGCUUUCGAGCCCUACAUCGACUCGGAGGUCCCCGACGACAAGUUCCCCGCGUUUCUCGAACAAGCUCAACUCUACCUCGGCGGCCCCGAUCGCGACCACACCAUCACGAACAGGCUGCGUGCUCCGACCCGAACCGGCACCGCGGCAGCCUAUGCGAGUACAUCUUUCCAGCUCUGUUUUAUAAAACGAUCCCGCUUUGCAGGCCCAGUGAUAUCACGCCGCCCUCAAGACCGAAGCUCGCACUGGCAUGCUCAGCCUGUAUCAUGACGACCCCACCUGGGUGGCCGACCUCUCCGCCAGAGCUAUCAGGACUACUUCCUCCACCAAAGUCCUCAGGAAGCCGAGGCUACCCUCAAGCCUCGCUCACAACACUCUCAGCAACAUGGCAAUUUGACCGUCUAGUACCACGACCGUCACGACCCGGGCCUCACUUCCGUGUGCGUCGUCACCACUACGCUCCUCUCCCCCUCCAAGAACGUGAACAACGCCUCAAGAACAACCUCUGCCUUAGGGCGAUGGAGGUGGCCACCAGCUGAGCUUUUGCCCGGCCGCAAGAAGUAGGAGGGACUCGUGCCGGCAAUGCCACUUACUUCAUCACAGAUGCCGCUGCGACCUCUAGCACCUCUAGCACCUCGAGAAACGAGAGCGUCCUCUCAUGCCGCACGGGGACAUCACACACGCGCACGGCAUCAGUGGGUCUCCUUCACCGUUCAAGAUCACUCUGGUAUCCAAACUCGACACACAAUCCUUCCAUCAUUUCGAAGUUCUGCCCCUCGACUUUUGCAGGGAGCCUUCAGUCUCAGGCGCGACUUCGGGUGCGACUCGUUAUUCUAUUCAUCCAUGACUCUUUCGUGUCUAGUCAUGGCCUCGUCCACCGCCCUCACUCGCGCCCGAUCCCAGUCUUUGUCAUCGAUGGCCGCCACGUCGUCCACGUCACCCACUUUCUAUGCCUCACGAUCAUGUUCGGAGGACACUCGAGAGUCAUACAGGCCGAUAUCACGCAGUUGGGUAUCUACCCUCUGGUGCUCGGCACCCUAUGCGCAGGUCGCUUCAACUCUUCUACCAGGUGUGCAGACAGUACCUUACUUUCUCAUCCUCGCAAUACACCCUUGGAUCCAACCCCAGUUGAUGUCAGGGCCUCCCACUCGUACACUCGGCGGCCGGCCUCGCUCUGGACGUCCCCGUCGUUUCCUCCCACGCCUUCGACUCCGACGCCUUCGAUCAAAUGCUAGCUGAUGUGCCCUACUUUUGGCCGGUUCAAUCGCGAUCCAAUGCACUCGCACUUGUUCUCGACCUCAGAGGAGCCUCUCCGUCAGUGGUUCAUGUGGGUCCACCCAACUCCGCCGAAUACCUCGAUGACUUGCGAACUGCGCUUCCUUCGCAGUACCCUUGCCCUGUACAGGCCUUCCCCAAGGCGCACGUCAACACUUUCUCGCCUCAUCGACCCUUCAAUAUCGCCAUCGAGAUAGAAGAUGGCAAGCGAUACCCUUUCGGCCCUCUCUACCCUCUGACCGAUAAGAAGCUUCAAGCACUCUCGACUUCAAUCGACGAAAAUCUCGCCAAGGGGUUCAUCCGGCCGUCGACUUCACCGGCUGGCGCUCCUGCUCUUUACGUUCGCAAGAAGGACGGAUCGCUCCCACUUUGCGUCGAUUACAGCGGACUCAACUUCGUCAGCCUCAAGGUUUGAGGCCCUGCCUUUCAUUCCGGAAGCGCUCGACCGACUUCGCUCCGACAAAUUAUUCACCAAGCUCGACGGUCGCUCAGGCUACAACCUCGUUCGAGCGGAAGACCGCGUUUCGCACACGUUACGAUCACUCAAAUGCCUCGUAAUGACAUCCAAUCCGACUGACGCAAGGAUUUUAAGCUAUCUUGGGGGAUUGAGUUUUUCAAGCUGCUCGACAUUCGACCAAACCUUUCUAACACGUUCCACCCCGAGUCAGAUUGCCAAACGGAACGAACGAACCAAAUUUAUCGAGCGCUGCCUACGCCAGCGAUUAACGUCAAGGCGAUGGGAAUGGUUUGCCCCCCCUAGCAAAGUUCUCCUACAGCAACCCUUUUAAAUUGAUCAUACGCAUGACUACUUUCUUCACCUCUCGUGGUCGUCACUCAAGGCGUGGAGUCUCCUGUUCCCGACGCUCGACAACAUCUUGCUGGCCUUCACAACGCCCAACAACUUGCCCAAGAUCAGAUUCGUCGUUCUCGGUAGUCUCUUGUUCGCUAUGUCCACUUGCCGACGUGCUCGCACGCCUCCUCUUGUGCUCCGCCAACAAGUCAUGCUCAACCGACGCAACAUCCGCACCACGAGUCGGCCUUCCUCGAAGCUCGACUCCAAUAAGCUCGGACCUUCUGGACAGCAAGCGCAUCAUCAAUCCCGUGGCCUACGAAUUGGAUCUUCCUUCGACGAUGCGCAUCCAUCCGGUCUUCCAUGUCUCUCUUCUCGAACCUUAUCGGCCUAACACUCUACCGUCUCGCCAGCAGCCUGUGCCGCCGCCAUCGAUUUCAACGACGGCCAGGAGGCCUUCGUCGUCGAAAGGAUUCUUGACUCUCGCGUUCGCAAUGGCUCGCUUCAAUACUUCGCCGAUUAGACCGGCUAUGGGCCUCCUGAUCGCCGACUUCGAUGAUGAUGAUUCUCUCGUCCUCGACUUUCAUCACUCGAGACCUCCCGAAUCUGGCGCCAACUGUAUUCAACACCCGGCACUCGACGCUAACCCGGGGUUUACCGUCACGGAUGGGAAUUCUGCAACUCCCAACUUUGAUCUCCGCGCUCCUCCGCAGUCCUCCGUAUUCCUCCGCGUUCCCGCCAAAUCUACCCCGCCCUCUCGCGUUGCGCUGCGCCCCCUCUGCUUCUUCGCUACGCUCUCGCCUCGGACUCUCGCUCUCGCCUUUCAAAGCUCAGAUUAG